AUGCCUCAUUACGACGAGAGUUUUAUUCAUGAUGAUAAUUUAAAUCAAAGGCGUAAUAAACGCAGUUAUCGAGUAUACAAAAACGGUGCAAAUCCUAUUAUCUUAAGUCAAUCCAAUGCUGUAAAACCUUUUGAAGUUAAAGGCGAUUUAAAGCAUAUAAGAAAUCGAAAAAAUCGCGGUAAUCGUUAUAAGUUUGAGAAAUCUCCUAUACAAGAAGGCAAUUAUAUUCAAUAUAAAACACCAGAUAUACUGAUUCAUUGUCCAAGCAUAAGUGUCUUCGAUCCAAGUAAGUUAAAUGACAUAAGAAAUAAUAAUAUCGUUACGUUGACGCCUUGUAAAAGCUUCGACAAUUUGACAUUGAAACAGACAAAAAAGGACAAGUCGUUUAAUGAAACUCUACGAAACGGAAUAAGCUUACAAAAUUUAUCGCGCGAUGAUAGUCUGAAGCAUUAUAUAUCACCAUUAGAAGAAAAAUGUCCUCUGAGAAAAGGCGAUGUGAGAAAUUCUUAUUCAAUUGAAGAAGCUCGUCGAAAACCUGCUCAUAGAAAGUAUUCAAGGGGUACAGCUGCACCUGGAGUUGGUGUUUAUCGAAAAAUCAACGGAGAUGUUGACAGGAGUGCUAAAGAAAACGAAGCGUGUGCUGAAGGCGGUUCAGGUCAUCGGGGGUCCUUGCGUGGCGCCAAUAAGUUAGCUCGGCGCGCGCGCUCUUUCAAGGACGACCUAUUAGAGCGUAUAUCCAAUAUGCGUUCGCCCGCGCAGGCGCCGCAUCCGCCACAUCUCUCGAAUAUCAGAUCACAUUCUCCGCUCAGUCCAAAACUUCGGAAUAUGGGGAAGGCGAAUACACCGCAAGACAAUGAAACAACUCCCGCCAAAGAACUCGAACGGCUAGUCAAAGAGGUCAGAUUCGGCUUGAAGCACUUCUCCGAUGUCAUCACUAAGAGGAAAUUGGAGAUGUUGCCGGAUAACGGCACGAUAGUGUUUGAAUCGAUCGCAAACAUACAUAAGGCAAUAAAACCGUACUGCGGUCGAUCGCCGUCCCUCAUGAGUGCUGUGAAGCGAUUAUGCACUGCACUGGCCAUGCUAAUCCGUCUUUGUGAUGAAGUCGCGGUCGCCAGUCUUCGAUCAAACGCUGACGACUCAGAAACAGAGAUUUCCACCGCAGCCUUGUCUCCGGAGAAUGUUAAUUCUGUGGUAAAAGGACUUAAGUUGGCGGUAGAAGAAGUGGCGAGUCUUGCGCAACAGUAUAUGGCAAGGCCGGCAUUAUCGCCCCGUCCGGCGGUUGUUUCUCCGCGGGCAUCGACGCAGAGGAAUUCUUUGCCUGAUAUACCGUUAACGCCCAAAGAGAGAUCUCUACUCACGGGAGAGCCAGGGACGGAAAAUAGCGGCGUACGCGCAUCACAUUCAUCAGAGUCGAUACUGGAUGCUCCAGACACACCCCCACCCAAACCGGCAAGACCUAACCGGAAAAUCGAGUUGGCCCCACCGUUGCCGCCUAAGCGCAAGUCGGCUAACGACAACUCUCUGUUAGGAGUUUCGAUUGACAGUUUAUCAAUGCAAUCACAUAGUAGCGGCUCUCAAGAUUCGAUGUUGAACGUCUCAAAUGACGAAGAGAGGAAUACUCAUGAUUCAAUGAAUCAUGUGUUUAUAACUCAACCCAGUACAGAUUUAGUCAGUAUAUGUAAUUGUAACAAUUUAAAUGAAAUGAGGACUUCGGUGGAGUCACACGAAUCCCAUAUGAGUAAUGCUCACUCCCAUAAUCGAUUCUCGAACGAGUCCGGCUUUGUGUCUGUGGGCCACUCAGAGAUGUCAACAGAACACAGCUUCACGUCCACCUUUUCGUCACAUCACUAUUCUAGUCACACGGACAGUACUUUUGAAAGUACAGAGUAUGUGAGCGGAAUGAAGUGCACAGUGCAAAAUGAGACCCGCAUGAAUAUAAUCAGUAUGAACAGUGUAACAUCACAUAAUACAAAGUUGGAGAGCAUAACGUCAGACGAGGGCGAGACGCCGCCAGAGUUGCCGGUGAAGACGCGUCGUAACAUUCGCGCUGAUGUGCAACAACACUUCCCAAAUGUUGAAAUCAGAAAAAGUCCGCCAUUUUCGCUUCAUGACGCAAGACCGCACACGUUAGCCGAACAUAACCACCAGCGACCGCCACCAUUACCGCUCAAGAAGAAACACAUGUUUCAAAGCGUCGCCUACAGUGUUAUGGCGUAUAUGGAGAUGUUUGGUAACUGCAGUCACACGAUGAACGCCCAUCCCCAGUUAAAUCCGGAGGCGCCACCUGAUAUGGCAUUCAGGCAUUCUAUACACACAUAUAAUUUGUCCAGCGCUCAACACAGCAGUACGGGCACCCUGAGCAUAGGUCACCAUCAAGUUCAACGAUCUUUGGCCUCAUCAAUAACGGUUCAGCAUUUGAGUACACCGCCACUCAGUGGGUCUGAAGACAGCGUUAGUAUGAUAACAUCGAAUAGAACGAGUCCACUGCCGAUAGAGCCGCCGGCGCUACCUCCAAAGAUGAACAAAAACAAACAGGUUUCGAUUACCUCAAGUAACGAAUUAUUGCCUCCGCCAUCGCCGCGACCUUCCUCACACAACAGUAGUUGUUCUGCAGAUGAAUCUAUGCUCAAUAAUGUGAGUACUGAAGAGAUGUAUGUGAGCGUAUCAUCGCCAGGCAAGUUUCCACUUGAUGAGGAUGAGAUUGAUCGACUCGAGUCGCGAGCACCUUCGCCUGUACCCUCACAGCGAAGUGAAAGCAGCACAGAGCCUACUCAAACUGAAACUGAAAAAUCUCCAGUCGUACCAGAUUCGGAAGAUAUAGUCCUCCAAACGGAUGUCAGUACGUGGCUCUUACUCAAAGGCCCGACGAAGGAGGGCGUUGAUGUAAGAGGUGGGCACCCAGAUGCCCUUAUAGUGCUCGCCACUAAGGCUACCAAAGACUUCGCGUACCAGGAAGCGUUCCUGGCAACGUACCGUACGUUCCUGGCACCGCACGAGCUCGUCUCGCGAUUGGUGCGUCGGGCACGUCACUUCAGACCGCGUCCGCACGAACUAAGAUCCACACUCGGUCUGCUUACUAGAGUUAUUGCUGACCUCACAAUGUCAGAUCUGGAUAGGUCGUUGAUGCAACAAAUUAUGGAAUUUAUAUAUUGGCUUGUUGAGGCUGAAGAACUGCCUAUUUCUAAAGCUUUACGUCAGAUUCUGGUUGAUAAACAGAAACAACUGCAUUUCCAAAAUACAAACAACAGAUUCGAAUAUGAUCCAUGCUAUGGAACAGUUUCCCUCCGACGGGACACAUUAUUGGACUUUAAGGCAUCUGAAUUGGCCGAACAAAUGACAGUACUAGACGCGGCUUUAUUCGUUCGAAUAACGACAGCGGAACUUCUCUCGUGGCCAAGAGAUCAGUCGGAAGAGAAGUCACCGAACCUUACGCGUUUCACGGAGCACUUUAAUAAGAUGAGUUUCUGGGCGCGAUCGAGGAUUUUAGAGCAGGAUGAAGCACGCGAACGCGAGAAGUACGCGAGUAAAUUCCUCAAAGUUAUGAAGGCCUUACGUAAAAUGAACAACUUUAACUCCUACCUGGCUCUCGUAUCGGCGUUAGACUGCCCUCCAGUUAGAAGAUUGGGGUGGGCCAGAGCUAUAGAAGACGCCUUGACCGAUCACUGUACUUUGAUUGAUUCAUCCAUGUCCUUCCGCGCGUAUAGACAGGCGCUGAACGAGACGCAACCACCCUGUAUACCUUACAUAGGCCUCUUCCUGCAGGACCUAACAUUUGUACAUGUGGGAAAUCAAGAUUUAUUACCCGAUGGCAGCAUCAACUUCACAAAACGAUGGCAACAAUACCACAUUAUGGAGAAUAUGAAGCGGUUCCAUAAAGAACAAUACAAAAUUAAGAAGAACGAUCGCAUUCAAGCAAUGUUCAACGAGUUCGACGAUGUCCUAAGCGAAGAGACGAUGUGGCAAAUAUCUGAAAGCAUCAAACCUAGAGGCGGGCGCGCUCGUAAUGCUUCUGCGCCUUCGCCGCCUGCGCAUGCAGCUACUGCCGCGACAUAA